AUGUCGCUGUCUGACUAUGAUAUCAUCUGUUGUACUGAAACUUGGCUGCAGUCUGCAGUACUUAGUUCUGAAUUAUUUACUGACAAAUAUGUUGUAUUUAGAGCGGACAGAAAUUUCUCUGCGAUGGGGUGUUCUAGAGGAGGUGGUGUCUUAAUUGGUAUUCGUAAUCAACUUGCUGCAUCAGAGGUAAAUAUGACUUUUAUCAGAGACGAUAUUCCCAGUAUUGACAUAAUUGGAAUGAAACUUAGAUAUAAAAAUGAAGUGACUUAUUUCUUUGUGAUAUACAUACCGCCUGACAAGAGUACUUCCUGCUAUGAAAGAUUCUUUGAACAUCUAGAAUCGCUUGAUUACCUCUUUGGCAAAAGUAUUUAUAUACUAGGUGACUUUAAUGUUCCCGAAUUUGUUAAUGAAAAUCACCUCCAAUCUUCUCACAAGCAGAAAACAAUUCAGUCUUUUAUGGGUUUCUUCGAUCUUUCUUAA